AUGUUCGAAUCCAACGAAGUCAGAGCAGACACCUCUACCAAAUCUGUUCUCGACACGUUAGAUUCCGUCAAAGAGCUUCCACUACCAGCAGACUUCCUCUGGGGUGCGGCCACAGCCGCAUAUCAAGUGGAAGGCGGAGCCAAGCAAGACGGCAAAGGCCCCUCAAUUUGGGAUGAAUUCUCCCAUCGCGAGCCUAGUGUUACAAGCGGUGAAGACGGUGAUAUUGCCUGCGACCACUACAAUCGCCUCGCCGAAGACAUCGCCUUGUUGUCCUCAUAUGGUGUCGACGUGUACCGUUUUUCAAUCUGCUGGUCGCGUUUGAUUCCCCUUGGAGGGCGUCACGAUCCCAUCAAUGAAAAGGGAAUUGCCUUUUACAACGCACUCAUCGACGGCCUCAUAGCUCAUGGCAUUAAACCCGCCGUGACACUCUACCAUUGGGACCUUCCUCUGGAGCUCCACAAACGAUAUGGGGGCCCUUUGAAUACCACAGAGUUCCAGGCCGACUUUGAGCAUUAUGCACGACUCUGCUUUUCUCGAUUUGGCGAUAGGGUCAAGCAAUGGAUCACUUUCAAUGAGCCUUACAUUGUCGCUCUUUUCGGUUACCACAGUGGCAUCCUAGCACCUGGACACAGUACAAAGACUGGCCAUGAUUCCACGACCGAGCCAUGGCGAGUGGGGCACAGUCUAAUUCUCGCCCACGCCGCUGCCGUCGAGACAUAUGCAGCCGACUUUUUGCCUUCACAAAAAGGCUCCAUUUCCAUCGUCCUGAACUCAGACUUUUACGAGCCCUACGACGCUACAAGCGAAUCUGAUCAAGAGGCAGCACAACGCAGGCUAGAAUUUUACGUCGGUUGGUUCGGCGACCCAAUCUAUCUUGGUGGCGAUUACCCCGAAUCGAUGAGAAAACAGCUGGGCUCAAGAUUACCACAGUUUACGGAAGCUGAACAAGAACUACUCAAAAAUUCUGCACCCCACAACACCUUCUACGGCAUGAAUCACUACACAUCGCAAUUUGCGAAAGCACGCUCCACACCCCCUAGUGAUGACGAUCACACUGGAAACGUGGAGGAGUCCACCACCAAUAGCGAAGGUGUUGAAAUCGGCCCGCUGUCUGGUGUUUCAUGGCUUCGGGUGACCCAUAAGCAAUUCAGGAAGCUUCUGAACUGGGCAUGGGAUCGCUACAAAAGACCUAUAUAUAUCACAGAAAAUGGAUGCCCAUGCCCGGGUGAGAACUCAAUGUCGUUAGAACAGGCUGUGGACGAUCAAUUCCGUGUCCGGUAUUUCGGACUGUACAUUGACGCCAUUUCUCAAGCAAUCAACGAGGACGGAGUUAAGGUUGCAGGCUACUACGCCUGGAGUCUCAUGGAUAACUUCGAAUGGGCUGCUGGAUAUUCCAUUCGUUUUGGUAUCACCCACGUAAAUUUUACCACAGGGACUCGUACACCGAAGCGAUCUGCGAAAUAUCUGAAAGAGACCUUCCAGAAGCGGCGUACGGCAGUGUCAAACGGUGAGGCUGUUAAUGGCAAGCUCUAA